AUGCACUUUUCAACUUUUGCUAUGAUUACGUCCCUUGCUACUAUGGCCAUCGCCAACCCAGUGAAUCUCGAAGUCAGAGACGACUGGGCCAAGGUGGUCUCCUUCAGUGACGACCUCUGCAAUGCAGACCAGAGUACCUUUGAGGUGACUGGUAGCGGUGCAUACCGUUGUAUACCCGUCACCAACAAGAGAUCCAUCAAAGUCCUUCAGAAGAGGGACUGUACGAUCAAGACAUUCAGCGGAUCGAACUGCCGCGGCAGUCACUUUACCCUUCCCGAUGGUGACCUUGACUGCCAUUCCGUCUUGCAUGCGUCUGUCGAGAUCUCGUGUUAG